ACGUGCGCCGCGCCGCCAUGUGACCGCACUCCGCCCUGGGCCGGCCGCUGUCGCUCGUCGGUGCCCGGCCGGCUCGAUGGAGGAGGAGGAGGAGGAGGCGCGGGCGCUGCUGGCGGGCGGCCCCGGCGCGCCCAGCGCGCUGCCGGCCCUCUGCGACCCCGGCCGCCUGGCGCACCGGCUGCUGGUGCUGCUACUGAUGUGCUUCCUGGGCUUCGGCAGCUAUUUUUGCUAUGAUAAUCCUGCUGCGCUUCAGAGUCAGUUUAAGCGGGAUAUGCAGGUGAAUACCACGAAAUUCAUGCUGCUCUAUGCCUGGUAUUCUUGGCCCAAUGUAGUUUUGUGUUUCUUUGGUGGCUUUUUGAUAGACCGAGUGUUUGGAAUACGAUGGGGCACCAUUAUUUUUAGCUGCUUUGUUUGCACUGGGCAGGUGGUGUUUGCUCUGGGUGGAAUCUUUAAUGCCUUUUGGCUGAUGGAAUUUGGAAGAUUUGUGUUUGGGAUUGGUGGGGAGUCCUUAGCAGUUGCCCAGAAUACAUAUGCUGUGAGUUGGUUUAAAGGCAAAGAAUUAAACUUGGUGUUUGGACUCCAGCUUAGCAUGGCUAGAAUUGUGCUUGACCGUGGUGCUCACACCUCUCUGGACUGAGCACGGGUGGCCACUGCUCCCGGCAUUUGCACCCUGGAAAGGAUCAUGGUGUUUUAGGUUUGGUCUGAAAGAUGGCACCCAGGAGAACAACAUUAUGCUUUUAUUAAUGCAACCUGUAGGGUGUUCUGACCGUCCCAAACCCCUUUAGGUUUUCUCUUCAUAAACUCCUAUGAAUAGAGGUUUUUAAAAAAAUCCUUACCAUUAAAAAUCAAGCUUUCCAAAUCCUGAGAAAAAAGAACAAAACGGGAGGCAUCACAAUCCCUGACUUCAAAACAUACUAUAAAGCUACAGUAAU